UCGCAGCUCACACACACCCCACCCAAGCCUUGCUAGACCGCAUGCACCCUCCCUCACGGCUAUCGCCACCUCAUUGGAUUCCGCAAUCAUACACCUAGACAGGGCGCAGGGGGGAUACAAGACAUUUCACACAGCAGUGCAGCUUUUCCUUCAUCCCGCGGUCUCUACUUGAUACAGCCGCAUCACCAUUCUCUUCUCAACGCCCUGCCCUGCCCUUCGCUACGAAGACAUGUCGCUGCCUCUCCAACCAUCUGCGGAUGCGCAGUUCGGUGCGAGACACAUCGCAAAGGGAGUUGGAAGGUUGACUAAUCACGUGCUGAAAAGGGGGCAAGGGAGUUGGAUCUUUACGGAUCAAAAUGUAAAGCUGUUGGACUUUACCACAGGCAUCGGUGUCGUUGGUCUGGGACAUUGCCACCCCAAAGUGACGGCAGCAGCUCAAGAGCAAUUGGGCAAUCUGGUCCACGCGCAGAUCAACAUUGGGCAUUCUGAAGCCUACAUUGCCUUGCUUCGAGCACUGCUACCCAAAUUGGCCCUCGCCCAUCCUUCGCUCGACUCGGUAUUCUUGUGGAACUCGGGGGCAGAAGCUGUAGAGGCGGCUAUCAAGUUGGCAAGAGGUUGCACGGGAAAACAAAAUGUGGUGGUCAUGCAAGGCUCCUACCACGGUAGAACUUUGCAGACUGCAGGCAUGACGAAAUCAAAGACGGUCUACUCUGCCACUUUUCAUCCCGUGCCCCCCGGCAUCUACACUACAGCUUUUCCCUACUAUGCGCAGCACGGGCUGCCACCGUCCACACCCGAGUCCACUCUAGUCUCUGCCUCGCUGCAUCAGCUCAAUUUGGUCUUGUCUCAACAGACCUCACCGCGUGAUACGGCUGCGAUCAUCCUAGAGCCAGUGUUGGGCGAGGGAGGAUACGUUCCAGCUCCCGCUUCCUUCCUUCAAGGCCUGCGUAAAAUUUGCGAUCAGCACGACAUUUUGCUGAUCUGCGACGAGGUGCAGAGCGGGAGCGGAAGGACGGGAAAGUGGUGGAGCUGCCAAUAUGCAAAUGUUAGACCGGACAUUUUGAUCUUUGCGAAAGGCAUCGCCAACGGUCUGCCCUUGUCUGGCAUCGCUAGUCGAAAGGAGCUGACGGAUAAACAGGCGCCGGGAAGUAUGGGAGGAACGUAUGCGGGCAACGCUGUGGCUUGCGCAGCGGCACAAGCCGUGAUCAAGACGUUUGACGAGGAACGCGUCUUGGACAAUGUAGCAGAGCGCUCUGCGGAGCUAUUCGAAUUCCUGCACAAUCUGCGAAAGACCGAGGCUGGAUCAUUGAUCGAGGAUGUGAGAGGAUUAGGAUUGAUGGUGGGCGUGCAAUUCGUGCUGCCUUCUACAUUGAGACAACAACAAGCGGCCGAAAGAGGCGCGGGAAAGAAAGGUCAGGCACCCGUCUUGAACGACGCCUCACAAAAUACCGCCGCCUCGGCGGCGGCGGCGGCUCAUGCGGCUAGCAAGGAUGGGGAAGAGGACGCGAAGCAUUCGCCUUGGGAAGUGGGCAUUGCCCCGAGAAUGCAGGUCGCUCCCAAAGUGGUGGCGGAAUGCCUUAAGCGGGACAUGCUGCUCCUCAGCACCAGCGUCUUCGAUGUGGUCAGGUUCAUCCCUCCGCUCAAUAUUUCGCGCCAAGAGUUGCAAGAGGGAUGCGACAGGUUCCAACAGGCGCUCGAGGCGGUAUGGAAGGAGCUAAAGAGUACAUGACGAAUCACCAGCCCCCCCCCCCUUUGCGAUUUUUGAUCCUGAUCCUGAUCCGAUCCGACGCAUUCCUCUUGCUUUUCUGCGCCCUUGAAGUUCCGCAUGCCGAUUGACGAAUCACAAAUGACGCGAUCGAAAUAGGAUGCCUUGCUAAACCGUUGGCCUCGACUUAGUCGAAGAU